GUGGGGCUCCGCUGGGUUGCCGCCGGCGAAGCUGGGCCAAGAUGGCGACAGUGAAGAAGGCGCUGCUGCGGAGACUGGUGGGCUUGGCGUCCCUCCGGGCUGUUAGCACCUCAUCUGUGGGUACUUUCCCAAAGCGAGUGAAAAUUGUGGAAGUUGGUCCCCGAGACGGACUACAAAAUGAAAAGAAUAUUAUACCUACUCCAAUGAAAAUCAAACUGAUAGACAUGCUUUCCGAAGCAGGACUCCCUGUUAUAGAAGCCACCAGCUUUGUGUCUCCCAAAUGGGUUCCCCAGAUGGCUGACCACGCUGAAGUCAUGAAGGGCAUCCAGAAAUUUCCUGGCAUCAGCUACCCAGUGCUGACCCCAAAUUUCAAAGGCUUCCAGGCAGCGGUUGCUGCUGGAGCCAAGGAAGUGGCUGUCUUUGGAGCUGCCUCCGAGCUCUUCAGCAAGAGGAACGUCAACUGCUCCAUAGAUGAGAGCGUGCGGCGGUUUGACGAAAUCCUGAAGGCAGCUCGGGCGGCCAGUAUCCCUGUGCGGGGGUACGUCUCCUGUGUGCUUGGAUGCCCCUACGAAGGGAAGAUCUCCCCGGCUAAAGUAGCUGAGGUCGCCAAGAAGAUGUACUCAGUGGGCUGCUAUGAGAUCUCUCUGGGGGACACCAUUGGCGUGGGCACUCCCGGGACCAUGAAGGAUAUGCUGUCCGCUGUCAUGCAUGAGGUGCCAGUGGCUGCCCUGGCUGUCCACUGCCAUGACACCUAUGGCCAGGCCCUGGCCAACACCUUGAUGGCCCUGCAGAUGGGAGUGAGCGUCGUGGACUCUUCUGUGGCGGGACUUGGAGGCUGUCCCUAUGCACACGGAGCAUCGGGAAACUUGGCCACCGAGGACCUGGUCUACAUGCUGGCCGGCUUGGGCGUUCACACGGGUGUGAACCUCCAGAAGCUCCUGGAAGCUGGGGCCUUUAUCUGUCAAGCCCUGAACAGAAGAACCAGCUCCAAAGUGGCUCAGGCCACCUGUAAACUGUGAGCCCCUUGCCCCCCGAAGCCCUGGGGACUGUGUGGGAAUAGGGACAUGUGUGAAUGACUCACAGAUGGGCAUGUGGAAAUGGGAAUGAAAUCAACAGGAGUAGGCACCUCACUGCCAGCUCUGCACCUAGGUCUCUCCUGGCGGAAAGGAGGUGGACUGGAGUUGCCCGGCCUCAGGCCCUCCCUGCCUGACCUGAGGAUGAGUGAGAGGCUUGGGCAGCUGGAGGCCUCCCUUCACCAUGGACCCAAACGCCCAGGAGUUGGAUGCCUGAGGGCACUUGGGAACCCAAUUCUCUGACUUGGGUUGAUCCUCAAGUCUCAUCUCUGGGUGAAACCUGCCAGUUGGCCACUCUACACAGCUUGAUGCUGCCAUAUCCUUGGGGCCAUCGCUCGCUGACUUUGUAGGGCAAAGGGGCAGGGAGGAGUUUUCUCCUCAGCUGGCAGAGGGCAUUUGGUGAAGGGGUGAGGGCUGAGCUGUGGUGGCCACCUGCCAACUCCAGCACCUCUGGAAAAUCUCCACUUUGAACAUGAUCGUUGAAAACAGCUUACGUAAUUAAAGGUUUAAUGACAUAA